UCGCCACCGCAACCCCCCGCCGUACCACAUGCUUCGGAACCUCCGAACGCGGCGGCGUCCGCUUUACGGCGCGCACAUUUGCGCCUUAGCGGCCGCGGUUCUUCUCCUCCUCUCCGUUUCACUCCUCUACAGUCGCCUCAACUUCUUCCUCCAACCUAACAAUCCCCAUCCGCAUCCCCUCCAAUACGACACCAUUUCACUGAACAACCCUCUCGUCGACGAUUUAGCUGACGCUGAUUAUCGCUCCUCCGAUGACCGCAUCGACGAGCUCGACGUUGCUGACAGCAACAACAAUAACGAUGAUGAGUUCCUCUUAUCCAAUGAAUCCGAAGAGGACGAUGAAGAAAUCAUCAAUCAGUAUCCUAGGGUUUCCUCGACAUAUUUCUACGAUCAGAGGCACGGAGUUGUACGGAGAGCGUUUAACAAACGAUCAAUUGAGGAAUGGGAAGAUUACGUUAAUUUUGAAUCGAGGAUGAAGUUAGGAUUAGGAUUUAAGAGUGAUGAAUCUAAGGCCGCGUUUGGAUCGGAUGAUCUUCCAGUAGAUGUGCAAAUGAGGAUGAAGUUGAGUGAAAUUGAGAGUGUUGAAGAUGCUUUAUUACUAAAAGGAUCACCUUUGAGGGAAGGGUGGGGUGAGUGGUUUGAAAAGAAGAGUGAUUUUUUGAGGCGUGAUAGAAUGUUUAAGUCAAAUCUGGAGGCGUUAAAUCCAAAUAAUAAUCCCAUGUUGCAGGAUCCUGAUGGAGCCGGGACUACUGGAUUGACUAAAGGGGAUAAGAUUGUGUUAAAAGGGUUGAUGAAUGAGUUUAAGAAAGUUCCAUUUCUGGUGAAAAAACCACUUUCAGUGUCUGAAUUGACAAAAUCUGAGUUGGUUAAUGAUGCUUUGGAGUUACAGAAGAUGGCGGGGCUGGCAAAAAAUGAUGUUUUCGAGUCAAAGGAGUUGAAAUUCAAUAGUCAAUUAGUGAAAACUAAUGAUGAGGAUGUGAAUAGAGGGAAGAGAGUGAAGCGUAGAACUUUAAACGAUGAUGCUAGAAUUGGAAAAAGAGUUGAUCAUGAUAGUGAUGGAGAUUCAGCUCCUAGGAGUAAGGAAGAGAUAAGGAAUGGUAAUAUGAAAGUUGUGGAAGAUGAUGCCCGAGGUGAAGUUUCUGGGCUACUCUUUGCUGAUGGGAAGAGAUGGGGUUACUUUCCGGGCUUGCAACCCCGGUUGUCUUUCACUAACUUUAUGGACUCAUUUUUCAGGAAAGCAAAAUGUACUAUGAGAGUUUUCAUGGUCUGGAAUUCUCCAGCAUGGAUGUUUACCGCUCGGUAUCAGAGGGGACUUGAGAGUGUACUUAACCAUCACCGGGAUGCUUGUGUGGUGGUUUUCUCUGAGACAAUCGAACUUAAUUUCUUUAGUGGUUUUGUGAAGGAUGGCUUCAAAGUGGCUGUUGUGAUGCCCAAUCUUGAUGAGCUCCUACUAGGCACACCAACACAUGUAUUUGCUUCUUUCUGGUAUGAAUGGAAGCAGACAAGACAUUAUCCUUUCCAUUACAGUGAACUAGUCAGGCUGGCAGCUCUAUACAAGUAUGGUGGAAUCUAUCUUGACUCAGACAUCAUAGUGUUGAAUUCAUUGUCUUCACUUAAUAAUACUGUUGCUUUUGAGGAUGACCGACGUGGAAAAACUUUGAAUGGUGCUGUAAUGGCUUUUAGAAAGCACAGUCCUUUUGUAAUGGAGUGUUUGAAGGAGUUUUAUGCAUCUUAUGACGACACACAAUUGAGAUGGAAUGGAGCUGAUCUUUUGACAAGAGUUGCUAGUAACUUUUCUGUCAAUGAUAAUCUUUCCGGUAGAAAGACGGAGAUCAAUUUUCAACCCUCUUUUGUUUUCUUCCCUAUCGGUUAUAACAAUAUUACCAGAUACUUCUCCGCACCAGCAAUGGAAACUGAGAAAGCUGAACAAGAUAUGCUCUUUAAAACUAUCCUCAAAGAAGCUGUCACGUUUCACUUUUGGAAUGGCUUAACUUCAGCUAUGGUUCCAGAGGCUGGUAGCCUUGCACACCGGCUCAUUAAUUACAAUUGCCUACGUUGCUCUGACACAUUGUGAAACACCAUUAAAGCAAAUGACCUUGUAAAACAUUUUUACUUUCAUGCCAUUAGAUAUACCUCACAGCUUUUAAAGAGAUUCAAAAGAAAGCCAGUUAUGAAGAUGUACAUUCAAUAUUCUGGUGCUGCUUCAUCCAUGAAGAAAUACUGCAUGUGGUAAUGAUGUCCUGUCUAUAUAUAUAAAUUCUUGUUGUACAAAACAUGAAUCUCCAGUUGGUUGAAGGCUUUCUGGACCUUGUAUUAGUUGUUGUAGAUUCCCUCGGGGGAUAAAUUAAGAGGUCCUGCCUUUUGUAGCUGAGUUCUUACUGUAUAUUUUCCCUUCAAUUUUUUUAGUUCUCAUUUAUAUCAGUCUGAUUCACUUAGUUGUAAUUCUGAGUUUUGUAGAACUAUUUGUAGUCAUUGGCAACACAACAAUGAUAUAUUUAAAUGAUGUUCCUUUUACAUUA